UUUCCGGUUUUUGGGGGCUACGUGGCAGGUAGAGGUUGGUUGAAUUUAUAUUAUUCUUUUCACUAACUGAAUUUCUGCAAACAGUCCUAACUACCUGGAAACCCACAUUGACCCAGUUCUGCCUCCUGGAACCAUUCUUCUGUUCAUGAACAACAAAGAGCAUUCCAACAGAAAUGUUCUUUCUUCUUUCAAGCAGGAUGAGUACAUGGACUACCUUUCUCCUUCCUUUUCUGCAAUGCUGCCUAAUGUGUUCAUUGGUGCAGGCAUUCUACCUUCCUGGCACUUAUCCCCACUGGUAUGUGGACGGCGGUCUCCUUUUUGCCAAGGUGAACUCCCUUACUUCCUUCAACACCGAGUUACCCUUUGGCUAUUACACUCUCCCUUUCUGCCAACCGACCGGCGGUGUCAAACAAAUGGCUGAGAGCCUUGGUGAACUCCUUAUGGGCGACCGUGUUGAGAACUCCCCAUACCGGUUCAAGAUGAACACCAAUGAAGCCGGCGUAUUCCUCUGCUCCACCGGCCCCUUAUCAUCUCACCAAGUUAAUACCUUGAAGCAACGCAUCGAUAAACAGUAUAAUGUCAACCUCAUUCUUGAUGGCCUCCCUGCCAUUCGGUAUACAGAGAAGGAUGGACAGAAUCUCCAGGGGACUGGCUAUCCAGUUGGCGUUCGAUCCAACGAUUCGUAUUAUGUGUUCAAUCAUCUCAAGUUCAAAAUAAUGGUUCAUAAGUCCAAUGUUGCUGAUUACUUGCACACAAUUGUCGGAUUUAAGGUUACUGCUUGUAGCCAUAAUCAUAUUCAAGGAGUUGACCCAGAGUUUAAAAUGUAUGACAAGGUUUCUGUGAAGAUCAAUUGUGAUCCUCGGAUACCAGCCAUGGAAAUUAAGGAGAAGAAUGAGAUCAUGUUCUCUUAUGAUGUAUCUUUUGUCGAGAGUGAUAUCAAAUGGCCCUCUAGGUGGGACAUAUACCUUGAAGCUGGUGAUCAGUCUCAUGUUCAUUGGUUCUCUAUCAUGAAUUCCCUGAUGAUUGUUACAAUUCUUGCUGGGAUCAUCCUCGUCAUCCUUUUCCGUACUGUUCGCCGUGACCUCAUGCACUACGAGAAUGUGCAACAAACACAGGAAGAGAUCUCGGGGUGGAAGCUUCUUUCUGGAGAUGUGUUUCGAGCUCCAACAAACCCCGAUAUACUCUGUGUCAUGGUGGGAGAUGGAGUCCAGAUCUUAGCAAUGGGUGUUAUUACGAUACUAUUUGCCGCCAUUGGCUUCAUGUCUCCAUCCUCUCGUGGUGCUCUCAUCAAUGGAAUGCUGUUCUUUUACGUUGCACUUGGGUUCGCUGGAGGCUACGUCAGUGCUAAGCUAUAUCGGACAAUCAACAAUGGGAGGUUCAGAGGUUGGGUCUUGGUUUCACUUAAAACCUCAUUCUUCUUCACAGGCAUUGUGUUUAUCGACAUCAUAAUGCUGAACUUUUUACUGUGGGGAAGCCAAAGCAGCGGCGCAUUGCCGCUGUCAAGCUUUGGCACUCUACUUCUUCUCUGGUCAUGUGUUUCAACCCCACUGACACUCGUCGGAAGCUACUUCGGAGCGAGAUCUGAUCUAAUUAGAUACCCAACAAAACCGAGACAAAUUCCGCGUGAUAUACCCUCUCAAAACUAUCCAUCGUGGAUGUGGACUGUCGGUGCAGGGGCAAUCCCUUUCGCGACACUCUUCAUGGAACUCUUCUUUAUUAUGUCUAGCUUUUGGCAUGGCCAAGCACAUUACGUCUUCGGCUUCUUGUUCAUUGUUAUGGUCCUCUUGGUGUUAGUUUGUGCAGAAAUCUCAUUAGUUCUGACAUAUAUAGAGCUUUGCGCUGAAGAUUGGCAAUGGUGGUGGAGAUCUUUCUUUACCUCUGGCUCGGUCGCAAUUUAUGUACUUAUAUACUCGGUUUUAUACCUUGUGGUUGAUCUGCAGAGUUUAAGUGGCCCUGUUUCGGCGUGGUUGUAUAUCGGUUACUCAUUGCUGAUAGUUUUUGCUGUUUUUCUUGCAACCGGAGCUGUCGGCUUUCUUUCGUCUUUCUGCUUUGUGUACUACUUAUUCUCCUCUGUGAAGCAAGAUUGAGCUAUACUGUGAAUUUGUUUAAGAAUGUUCUUGAUUUUGUGUACAUUCAGAAAGCUUAUUUGUAAUCUCCAUGUAACUUCAUAAAUAAAUUAGAAAA